AUGGCCUCUCAGAUUUCUUUCAAUGAAUUCACCUUCGAGGGUCAACAAAGCACCAAAAACCUCGGGUUCGAUUGGGAUGCCCCCUUCCCUCUAGCACUCCAAGCGGUUUCGCCCAGUUCGGCGACGUUGCAGGAUUAUAUCGAGGCUCUACAAGAGCUUACCAAGUCCGGGAAGAUCUUUGAUCUUGUGAAGAAGCACGGAGGUGCUGUUCUCAUCCGCGGCCUGCCAAUCGACAACGCCCAGGAUUACAGCGACGCUGCACAUGCCUUUGGAUUCCGAGCACAUGAGGAGGUAGGAAGACCGCCGGCACGGACUGUCCUAGCCAAGAACGUUAAGACAGCAAACGAAGGACCUCCAGAACUCCCCAUUUGGCCCCAUAACGAAUACGGCUGGUCAACAAUCAACCCAGCAUGGCUCACCUUCUCUGCCAUUGUCCCCGCCGAAACCGGUGGAGAAACACCGAUUAAUUCGAGCAUCCAGCUCGCCUCGAGAAUAAAAGCCGAAGCUCCCGAGUUCUACGAAAAAGUCCUGAAGAAGGGGAUCCGAUACGUCUACCGUUACGGCAAGGAGGAUGUCGUAUCUACCACCGGAACGAGUGUAUACGGCGCGUAUGGACAGAAUGUCCUACCGAGCGACGACGAAAAGACCGCCCGAGCCAAAAUUGAGGAGGAAGUGCGCCGACACAGCAACGUGUUCGAGUGGAACGAAGAUGGCAGCUUGACGGUCACCCACACCACACCCUGUAUGUGCUAUAUGGAUGAGUAUACGGAGAGAAAUACUAACUCUAUGGGCAUAGUAAUUCGAAUUCACAAAGAGACAGGUCUCACGACGUGGUUUGGCAAUGUCACCAGCGCGUGGGGGCGCAGUACACAUCAUGGAGCAACAGAGCCCCCGUUCAGGGGCGAUGAUGAUUCGUACCACCCCCCUCCUCUGUACGGAGAUGGGGAGCAGAUUGAGAAGAAGUACCUGGAUCUGGCGCUCCACAUUGCCGAGUCAUCGCAGGUACUUGUAAAAUGGGAGAAAGGGGAUGUUGUUCUUCUUGAUAACUUCGCCGUCAUGCACUCGAGGUCUCCAUGGAAGGGUGAGAGAAAAGUAUUAGCAGCGUUAUGGGAUGAAGAUGGGAGGGUCGACGAUUUUGCAGAGGGGAAGGAAAUCUUGAAAGAUAUCCCUCGUCGACCGAUUCUUGUGGAAGAUUGA